AUGAUGAGUGGCACAAUUCAUGGACUGAGUUGGUUUCCGCAAUUUCCAGACAAAUUCGUAACCUGGGGACAAGAAAUUAAGCUUUAUGAGCGCACGCAACACGAUGAUAGCCGGCGAAGUGCAUUGCCAAAUAUAUCGGCUAACUUCUUAGCCACAGAGACGCGGUACCAGUAUGCGCGUUGUGUGCAGCCGUCCUACCACAAAAACCGGCCGAUUAUCGCCGUUGGAUUGGGUGAUGGAAAAGUUGGUAUUUGCGAUUUUCAUGAAACUGUCGACAAUAGCUGGGAAUUUACACCACGCCAGCAACGCAUGUGCCUUUGUCUAGCCUGGAAUGAGUUUGACCACAAUGUAUUGGCCAUAGGACAUGAUCGUCAUCGCUCCGAUUCAUGUAUUGCAAUUUGGGAUAUAGAACGUGGUGUUCCCAAAGAUGCAGUAAGUUUCUUUGGACACUCGGAGUCUGCCCACUCAAUGUGCUGGGACAAAAAUCAUCGCAUGCUUAUUGCGGGUGUAAGCCAGAAGCAGAUAAAGCUGUUCGACUUAAAGCAGGGCAACACUACCUGCCAAUCCAUACAAACGAAAAUGGUACAUGGCCUCGCUGUGGCUCCAAAUGGGAACUAUCUCUGUUCUUACUUGGAUUCGGUAAUUAUGAUAUGGGAUUUACGAGUGCUGGACCAUCCGCUGAAGACCAUACAAUCGGGAAAGAAUCAUUUACAACUUAGUUGGUGUCCAACGCGAUCCAGCUUACUUACCUCGCUACAACGUGAAUCUCCCUUCAUCACCCUCUAUGAUAUACGCAGCGUGGACGCAGAAAGCAGUCGGGAGGUGUACCAUGUGAAGCGACAGCUGCAGCCAUUCCAAGCUAAGUACUAUGCUUCAAACAAACCGCCAACACUCACCUAUAUCUCCUGGCACAACACGGAUUAUGAGCGUGCUCUGCUGCUUUCGGAACAAGGGACCAUUUUGGAAAUUCGUUUACCGCUUUCUCUGCUCACCACUUAUAGCAACCAUAAAAAAAUACCGCUCCUGCCACAGCGUCCACUAGCCAUUGCAAGCACUCCAACACGUCAAAAUAGCAGCCAAAGCACUUCAUCUAUUAUAUCUACAUCCACACUCAAUUCGGCGCUUAAUUUCGAGAUUCUUGACCAAAACUUAUCCAAAGAAGAAUUGGUUGAAGAAACCUAUCAGCGUGCUCUUAGUGAUUAUGGUUUGAAGACAGAUAGGCAUGUCGACGGGUUGCCUUUGACACCAUAUUUGAAAAGUGUUUGGCUAACUUUGAGUAAUUUGUAUAGAGAAGAACGCUUAACGGGUUUGAAAACCAUCUUGGGCAUUAGUUUAGGUCACACAUCAGAGGCGUUGAUGGCCUCAUCGCGUAUUGAGUCGCGUGUAUUGCAAUGGCCUGAUUUCAUAAAUUCCAAUAAUUUGGUGUGCUACAGAAGUGAACAACGCGAUGUGGCGCUGAAACUCUGCGGCUGGGUGUUCGAACAGGACUUGGAACGCUUCGUAAACGGGCUAUGUGACAACAAGGAGUUCAGUCGCGCUGCCAUGAUUUGCGUAUUUCAUCUGAAAAUCGUUUUUGCUUGCGACAUACUCUCAAAAGCUGCAGAUCUCUCACGCAACUCGAAGGAUCCUCACGAUGCCAGCAUGUUUCGCAUUGCCGCUAUUGCCCUAUCCAGCUUUAAUGCAGAUCGUUGCAACUCGACUUGGCGUAAUCAACGCUCAAAUGCCAAUAAACAAAUACAGGAUGCACAUUUGCGUGCCAUAUUCUCAUUCCUCACCACCGAGAAUGAUAACUUCGAUGCGGUGCUGACGGAGGAUGGCAUCUCACUUGCCGAUCGCGUGGCUUUCGCUUGCAAAUACUUAUCGGAGAGCAAGUUGGCAGAUUAUGUUAAGCAGUUAAUACAAAAAUCCAUUGAAAGCGGUGACCUAAAUGGCUUGCUGCUCACUGGUGAAUCGCUGGAUGGCAUCAAUAUACUGCAAGCUUACUUGGAUUUAACAUCCGAUGUACAAACAGUCGCGUUAAUAGCUAUCAAUUAUUUCCAUCGAGAACAUUUCGCAGAUAAUCGCAUACAAUAUUGGAUUAGCAGUUAUUUAGAUGUUCUAAACUCGUGGGGCCUUUGGGAGAAACGCGCUGAGUUGGAUAUAAAAAUUGAGAAUCUACGCACCGGUACACGCACCACGCGCAGUGUUUUUCUCUCGUGUAACUUUUGUGGCAAAUCAGUGUCGAGUGCUUUGCAGGAGGAUGCGCGCAUGCGCAGUGCAUCUUCGAAUGUGAAUAAACUUUCCUCCUGCCCUAGUUGCCGCAAACCACUACCGCGUUGCUCUCUAUGCUUGCUACACAUGGGCACUACGCUGAAUAUUUCGCUACCCAGCGAUGCGACCCACGAAAGUUUGGGCUGGCAAUCGAAACCGUUUUCGAAGUGGUUCUCCUGGUGUCAGACAUGUCGACAUGGCGGCCACACCGAACACAUGAUGCAGUGGUUCAAACAAAAUUCUGAAUGCCCUGUUAGCUCCUGCACUUGCCGAUGCUUUGACUUGGACGGCACCGUGCCCAAUGACUUACCCGACUAUUAAUAGCUUUAAUAGGUUUAGACUUUAGCAACAUGAUCCCAAUUAUCUACUCGUUAAUUGGGCUAUGCAAUCCUUAAUUAUUUGUAAGUUUAUACGAAAAUUAAAAGAAAAAUCAAGAA